GACCCCGUGGGCACUGAAAUCCUACUCAUCCAUGCUGAUUUCUUGUAAUGGACAAACUUGAUGCUAAUGUCAGUUCCAAGGAGGGUUUCGGGUCAGUGGAGAAGGUCGUACUGCUCACGUUCCUCUCGGCGGUUAUCCUGAUGACCAUCCUGGGGAACCUGCUGGUGAUGGUGGCUGUGUGCAGGGACAGGCAGCUUAGGAAAAUAAAAACCAAUUAUUUCAUUGUGUCUCUUGCCUUUGCGGAUCUGCUGGUCUCUGUGCUGGUCAUGCCCUUUGGCGCCAUUGAGCUGGUUCAAGACAUCUGGGUUUACGGCGAGAUGUUUUGCCUGGUCAGGACAUCGCUAGAUGUGCUGCUCACAACAGCAUCAAUUUUUCACCUGUGCUGCAUUUCUCUGGAUAGGUACUAUGCCAUCUGCUGCCAACCUUUGGUCUACAGGAACAAGAUGACCCCUCUGCGCAUUGCACUGAUGCUGGGUGGCUGCUGGGUCAUCCCCAUGUUUAUCUCUUUUCUCCCCAUCAUGCAAGGCUGGAAUAACAUCGGCAUCAUUGAUCUGAUAGAAAAGAGGAAGUUCAACCACAACUCUAACUCGACGUACUGCAUCUUCAUGGUCAACAAGCCGUAUGCCAUCACCUGCUCUGUGGUGGCCUUCUACAUUCCUUUCCUUCUUAUGGUGCUGGCUUAUUAUCGCAUCUACGUCACGGCAAAGGAGCAUGCCCACCAGAUCCAGAUGUUACAGCGGGCAGGAGCCCCCUCCCAGGGCAGACCUCAGCCCUCAGACCAGCACAGCUCUCACCGCAUGAGGACAGAGACCAAGGCAGCCAAGACCCUGUGCAUCAUCAUGGGCUGCUUCUGCCUCUGUUGGGCCCCAUUCUUCAUCACCAACAUUGUGGAUCCGUUCAUAGACUACACUGUGCCCGGGAAGGUGUGGACAGCUUUCCUCUGGCUUGGUUACAUCAAUUCUGGGUUGAACCCCUUUCUCUACGCCUUCUUGAAUAAGUCCUUCAGACGUGCCUUCCUCAUCAUCCUCUGCUGUGAUGAUGAGCGCUACCGAAGACCUUCCAUUUUGGGCCAGACUGUCCCCUGUUCAACCACAACUAUUAAUGGAUCCACACAUGUGCUAAGUGGCUGUUCCUUUGUCUCCAGCUUCCUCCUGCUCUUCUGCAAUAGACCGGUUCCUGUGUAACUCUGAGCGUGCUCUGUACACCGUUCUGCAUAGUGGACAUCACCAGGAACUCGAGAAACUGCCCAUACACAAUGACCCAGAAUCCCUGGAAUCAUGCUUCUGAUGGAGGACAUGGCUCAAGGCGAAGUCAUUCAUUCCCAUUCAUGUCUGCAUGAGCAGGAUCCCCUGGCAUCUCCCCUGACCCUCAUCAUGGCUAGUGAGGAGCCAGGAAGUGGGGCCAAGGCCUGGGCGAAGGUCCGCGGAAGCCAUGUUGG